UUGUGGGCAUUCCAGCGGCAGACUUAGCUCGUAGAACACGUAACGAGGUCGCAGAGUUAGGCCACAAUGGAAGAUUAUUUGAAAAUAGAGAAAAUUGGAGAAGGCACUUAUGGUGUGGUAUAUAAAGGCCGACACAAGUCCUCAGGUCAGGUUGUUGCUAUGAAGAAGAUCCGUCUGGAAAGUGAAGAGGAAGGGGUUCCUAGCACUGCAGUCAGAGAAGUGUCUCUGCUCCAGGAGCUGAAGCAUCCCAACAUUGUAAGGCUGUUGGAUGUCCUGAUGCAGGAUUCUCGACUUUACCUUAUCUUUGAGUUCCUAUCCAUGGACCUGAAGAAGUACCUAGACUCAAUUCCAUCUGGACAGUACAUGGACCCCAUGUUGGUCAAGAGCUAUCUCUACCAGAUCCUGGAGGGCAUUUACUUCUGUCACUGUCGUAGAGUCCUCCACCGGGACUUGAAACCCCAGAACCUCCUGAUCGAUGACAAGGGAGUCAUUAAACUGGCAGACUUUGGCUUGGCUCGGGCUUUUGGUGUUCCUGUCAGGGUCUACACCCAUGAGGUGGUCACACUCUGGUACCGGGCCCCAGAAGUCCUCUUAGGGUCCCCAAGAUAUUCAACGCCUGUCGAUGUCUGGAGCACUGGGACUAUCUUUGCUGAACUCGCAACCAAGAAGCCUUUGUUCCACGGAGACUCUGAGAUAGACCAGCUGUUCAGGAUCUUCAGGACUCUGGGAACCCCAAACAAUGAUGUGUGGCCUGAUGUCGAGUCCCUGCCAGACUAUAAAAACACCUUUCCCAAAUGGAAGUCUGGCAACCUGUCAUCAAUGGUAAAGAACCUAGACAAGAAUGGCCUGGACCUACUGGCGAAAAUGCUCACAUACAAUCCACCGAAGAGGAUCUCGGCCCGCGAGGCCUUGACUCACCCAUACUUUGACGACUUGGACAAAUCCACUUUGCCGACUUCCAACAUCAAUAAAAACUGAGCCAUUCAGACACACGUACAUGUUCAUACCCAUUGUGAAUUACCAUUCUGUAAAUACUUGUGUGUCAGUUGUAACCUUUGUAGCUGAGUUUGUCUUUCAGUGAAUUAUUUUCAGUAAAACUGCACCUUCUAUUUUAUUUUUACAUGUGUGAGAUGUUCAGACGCCCAUCAAGUAGGUGACUGAGUCUUUUCACUGACAUCAGUCUUCCUCUGUACAGAUGAAAAGGAUGACUGCGAAUGACUUAAAUUACAAUUAAACAAAUAAUCUGAAUACAG